AAGGCUUUAUUGAUCCGGGCGCAUUUUUCAAGUCAGACUUGGACAAGUUCUUGACUAAAAUUCCUGAUCAGCCAUAUUCGGACAUUUAGGCAAGCGCAGGUAUCAGCAAACAAACUUGCCUGCCAAUGCUAGUGAUGCAUAAUUGGCGUUUCAAACUAGUCUUAAACGAAGCUGACCUUUCCUCAUAUAGAAAUGUGAAUGAAGGGCUAGCUUCUCGAAAACGUGUUUGAAGCUCCAAACUCGCAUCGCUUACCAGGGUGACCAACUGUGGUCGGUUCUGACCAACUUGGUCGGUUUUGAAUUGCAUUGGUCGGCAAAAAUUCGUCGUGGUCGGUGGUCGGAAGCGUGGUCGUUUUCUCAGGGUGGUCAGUCUCUAAUAGGAUGUAUAUUUCUCAAACAAAAGCUCAUUUCAACUUUACAAAUUUUGAAUAUACUCCCUUUUUUAAAAUAAGUUUGUUUUGGGUUUGGCUUUUUUCUCGCCCUGAACAAUCCAAUCUCUUUCCCUUCUGCCAUUCACCAUCGAGAAAAUGAAAGUGUCUCCUCCUAAGGUCAGCGUCCCCGUUCUUCAGUCAAGAUAUUGUUAGUCUAACCAUUUUGGAGGGGCAACUGCGACAGAUCCCAAGCUCGAUCCAUGAUGAUGACACGAGUUCAUUCUGGAUCAGAAUGAGGUAUCUUGAAGUGGCUGGUAAAAGGAAGACGUUAGAACUUGCAGAUGGAGUGACGAAAAUGUUGAGCCUUCCAAUGAGCAAUUCAGGUCCAGAACCCACUUUCUCUGCCACAAUAAAUUACAAGUCUGAUGGCCGCUCCCGGAUGAACAUUAAGCUCCUUGAAAACAUUUUAUUUUGUAAAUUUGGGAUUCAGUGGAUGGAUUCCAGCAUUUCGUUUUAUAUUCCCCCAAUAGAACUCAUUUGUAAAGCUCUGGAGUUUUCAAGAAAAGGUUAUCAUUAAAAAAGAUGUUCCUUGUGGUAUUUAAAAUGUAUACCUAACUUUCCGGUGGUCUGCAAAGUGGUCGGUAGAAUUUUUUUAGUUCAGAAAGUGGUCGGAAAGUGGUCGUUUUGGCCUGGUUUUGUGGUCGUCGGCCAGAAUUUUCGUUGGUCACCCUGUCGCUGGCACUGGUACCAGCAAACAAACGAACCUGCCAGAGCUGGCUUAAACGUCCCCAUAUUCAAGGUCUAGCCAGAUCCGGAAUUCAAUAAGUCAGGACCUUUCACCCCUGGCUGAUGAACGCAACAGCUUGGUUACUCGCAACCCUGCGUAGGACGAUAAUGCCGACGUCACCCGAGAAUUGUUUAACAUAUUGCAGAAAAUUGGAAUUGUUUCCAACUGAAAUAUGUGACAUUGUGCUCGGGAAUACGUCAUGUGCAAGCCGUACAUGUGUCAAAACAGGGGUCGUCUGAAUGCAUCAAAAGCAAACAAACAGCAUCAAUGCUCAUCAGUGUACCAUGUUGGCAGGAAAACUUUUAUUGAGGAACGACAAACGCCCUCCUCUUUUUGCACCAUUAUAGCGCUCUUCCUGGGCCAUCAGAGCAUCACGAGUCCACCAUUGGUUAAAUUCAUAUUUAUUGGAAAUACCAUCGUUUAUGUUUUUGUAAGGCCAAAAACUGGACUCCUGAUGCAACCUCUGCAAGCGCUCAUUGUACGUAGGACGUUCCCCCUAGUCAUUUCCCAAUAAAAUGCUCUGAUAUUUUUUAACAUUACUUUAAUUCGUGUACGUUUAAUUCGUACCGUUAUUACGAAUAUUAUUAUUUUAAGUCAGCUUACAGAACCUAACGUUCCAACCGUUUUGGAUUCGAUCGAAGUAAAAAGUAUGCAAAAGAAAGAAAGUGUGAAAGCAAAUUGUAUAAAAUAAGAUGGAUCUUUGCGAGGCGUAAAAUGUGACAUGUUGCGCACAAUAAAUAAAUUCAAACAUUAUUAACAUGUCAAGGCUAAUGUUUUCCCUCAUAAACUGUUAACAAAUCACUUCAAAUUACUUUCAUGAAGCAACAAUUGUACUGUAUAUCGUUUUUUCCCUUAACCAAACUUUCCAACAGUUGUGGACAAGUUUCCUAUUUAAGCGUUUUGUACAGGUUUUGAAUGGGUCCCACUUUCCGUCAAAGAGUGACAAGUGAUAGUUAUGACAUUCAGAGUUCAUUGCUUUCACUUCUUUUCUCUUCAAGAAACUUCAAAGCCUAUUUAAUGUUUGAAGACAAAGACCAUUUGAAGAUCCUUCUAUCGAACGAAAUCCUACCCAGGAAGGUCGUCGCAAGUCAGACCAGUUGGAUCAAAUUGAUCGGAAUCAAUGCUCUGGUCGCAGGAUUGGAAAUCGCCUCAUCCCUGGCCUUCACCUUUAUUCCGCCAUUGCUCCUCAAAAUCGGUUAUGGCGAGACGCAAAUGUCCAUCAUCUUCGGCAUUGCUCCGCUUCUGGCUUUGCUCACCGUUCCUUCACUCGGAAAAUUCUCUGAUACUUGCCAAUCCAGUUGGGGGCGAAGAAGACCAUUGAUUUGUGCCAUGUCCACUCUUCUAGUGGUUGGUCUAAUUUCGCUGGCAAUCGCUCAAUCUUUGCUCUUCCAAUCAACAACAAAGCUUUUGGGGAUGAUAGUGGUCGCCAUGAGCGUGGUCGUUGUGGAUUACGCCUCUCAGGCCGCCAUCAACCCUUGCGAAUCCCUCAUGGCUGACUACCUACACUCAUCAAAUGAUCCAGACAAAGGUUACCUCGUGUACAGUAGCAUGCUGAGUCUGGGCUCGUGCAUCGGUUACCUCCUGUCGGCCUUGAACUGGGAGGAAAUCGGCCAUUUCGUGGGCACGGUGGAGCAGACAGCCAUCGUGGUGGUGUUAGUGCUCUUCCUCAUUUGCUUUGGUGUAACCAUGGUAGUGGCCCGAGAGCAGCCUUAUGUGCCCGUGAAAGGCAUGGACUUGCUUAGCUAUUCAGUGAUCUCAGAUUCGCUCUCGGAUAACGGGUACAGCUCGGGAGACGAGGACAACGUGAAUUUCAUUAUGGUACAGUCGCCUAUGGGUGUCACGGUCAACUUUGAGGAUGCGGCACUCUUCUCGGGAGAGGACUUCGGACCCAAGGACUCGGGCUCGUCACGGCUUUGCACUCUGUGUGUCAUUUUGCACUCGCAUUUGUGUCGGUUCGGUUUCUGGAUUUGCCUUCCCCGUUCGCUUGGGCACCUAUUAAAACGCGUCACAGACUGGCCUUUGAAGGUGAUUGGCAUGAUUCGAUCAUCUCCUGGCAUUCUUCAACAAAUCUUCUGGACAGAUUUGUUUUCGUGGAUGGCCGUCAUGUCUCAUGUCAUGUUCUGUACCGAUUUCGUGGCUACAGUCGUUUUUGGCGGCCGAGCAAAUGCAGAAUUGGGCACAAUAGAAGCCAGACGUUUCGAUGAAGGCGUCCGGGUUGGUUCGUUGGGGCUCCUGUUACAUAGCAUAACUGCGUUUCUUUUUGCCGUUUUCUUGCAAAAUCAGCUCACCGCCGUGAUUGGCCUUCGAAACACGUACAUUUUUGGCCUUUUGAGCUUUGCAUUCGCCAUGCUCUUCACCGUACUCUUCCCAAAUGUGACCGUGUUGAACGUUUGCGCCGCCAUCUCCGGCAUUGGCUUCACGGUCAUCACUUCAGUGCCAAAUACCCUCAUCACGUUCUACCAUGCUCAAGCCAAUGUCUACUUCAAAGCUCGCAGUGAUGGGGGCGGUUACGGGCAAGACAUUGCCAUUUUGGACACGGCUUACUACAUGUCCCAAAUCAUCUUGUCCUUGGUGAUGGGACAACUAGUCGAGAUGUCCGGACUGCCCCAUCUUUACAUUAUAAUGGCCUCUAUUUGCGGAUUUGUCGCUGCCUAUAGUGCUACCAAAGUUGUUUUCUGCCCCAGUGAUAUGCAUAAGUUCAAUGUUAAAUGAGAAUGUGAUAGGUGAACGAAACCUUGGAGAGGUGCCAUAAUAUUAUUCACGUGGCGAACUUCUCCUCAAGCAAUAUUUUGAUGUACGUAACUACAUCUGUGACUAUAUACGAUGCAUUAAGAUCUAUAUCUUGUGUACUAAUAAUAUAGACAUAUUAAGAUACGAUUCAAUACCAGAAAGACCAAAUUUAUUCAGCUUCUUUGACGCAAGGUCAUCAAAUAAGCAUUGUGUGGAUCCAACCUCGGGUAAUAGUGUGGAAUAUCUUUGUCAAUUUUGAAUUUUUUA